UGUUUGGUUUCUUGAUGGCAAAGACAGGCGAGAUCCAGUGAAAUAUAAACGAGGAGGUACACCUUGAAGCUUCAAUUGGAUUCUGCAAUUUAUUUGCCCUAAAUUUCAUCCCUGCAAUUUGAUCUCCAUUUUCGUUGAUACACCAUGACUAAGCAACACGCUAACUGGUCUCCGUACGAUAACAAUGGAGGAUCUUGUGUCGCAAUUGCUGGCGCCAAUUACUGCGUCAUUGCUGCCGACACUCGAAUGUCCACUGGCUACAGUAUUCUCACCCGCGAGUACUCCAAAAUCUGUAAACUAGCGGAAAAAUCUAUAAUGGCAUCUUCUGGCUUUCAAGCUGAUGUAAAAGCCCUACAAAAGCAUUUGGCAGCUAGGCACUUGAUUUAUCAACAUCAACACAACAAGCAAAUGAGCUGCCCUGCCAUGGCUCAACUACUCUCCAACACAUUAUACUACAAACGCUUUUUCCCUUAUUAUGCUUUUAAUGUUCUGGGCGGUCUUGACAGUGAAGGAAAGGGCUGUGUUUACACUUAUGACGCUGUUGGUUCAUACGAGAGGGUUGGAUAUAGUGCCCAGGGUAGCGGUUCUACUCUUAUCAUGCCUUUUCUGGAUAACCAACUGAAGUCACCCAGCCCGCUUUUAUUACCUGCCCAAGAUGCUGUAACUCCACUUUCAGAAGUGGAAGCUGUUGAUUUGGUCAAAACUGUUUUUGCAUCUGCAACUGAGAGGGAUAUAUACACUGGAGACAAGCUUGAAAUUGUUAUUCUAAAUGCUGAUGGUAUUCGUCGCGAGUAUUUGGAACUCAGGAAAGAUUAAUCUGUCCAAAAAAGACUCCUUGAUGGUCUUGUUAUCAUGAGUUGGAGGAGGUACAUGGAUUAUGGCGCUCGUUGUGGUUGAUGUUUCUGCAAUCCUGUUUGAUCAAUGUAACUUUUAAAGCAGUCCAACUAGAACAAGUGCAUUUCGUAGUAUAGAUUUUCAAUGAUAAUAUGACGCAAUUCAGGUGUUUGAACUUACUUAAAUUGGCUGCUCUGAAAUAUUUGUUGUGGGUAUGGAUUUACAAAAUCAUGCAGUUUUUAUUUUUGCUCCA